ACCUGUUGCCAGGUUGUGUUUUGUGACUAACUUUCUGUUUCCAGGCGUAGACUCGGAUGUCACAUUUUGCUGGUGUAACCUGACUUGUGAAGUACUCAAAUAUGUAUCACAAGUAAAAGACAGUUUCGGACCUUGUUUACCAGUUUGGAAUAUACGCUAACGUGCCCCAUCGCAACAUAAUAUUGCAAAUCAUUAUAGGAAUUGUCUCCCUUUAGUAGUUCAUCCACGCUGACAACAUGGCGGCGACCAACAGAAGAGAUGGGGUCCGAAUUGGAUUGAUGUUGUUAUUGUUAACUGUGAGUUAUAUCAGGGCGCAGGAUGAACCUCAGGAUGAAGAAGACGAUUGGUUUGCAGAGUUUAGGAAUUUGAGAGACAGCUGCAAAUUCCCAAUGUUAUCGCUCGGGUUCCUUACAGAGCCAUCAGGAAAAUUCUAUUACGAAGUAUGCGAAACCACACAGCCGGGCGGUGAUCUGUCGAGGUUGUGUAAAAAAAUGUUCGAUCUCACCUUAUACAUGUGUAACCAAACCCAGGUCUCAGAACAGAAAAAGAAGACAAUCGAUAGACAAAUGACUUCAGAGCUUAUGAAGUUUGACAAAGAUGAAACACCGUUUUGUACGAGACUUGAAAGAGACAGAAACUCGUCCAGGUAUCUAGGAACCUAUCUGCCGAAAGAUAUGAAUUGUGAGACGGCGUGUAAAAAGAAUGUUGCAGAAAAAUUGUGUGAAUUCAACUUCUUUUCAGUAAUUGUUUACGAAAAAAUCGCUGCUGGACCAAGUGGACGUGAAUCUAACCGUGGUGGCAGCUCUACUGGACCAAUCGGUGAUGCUGGAGAUAAUGGUAGUGCUAAUGUUGGGUCUACGACACCUCCAUUGGCAAAAAAAAGUAAUGACAAGACUGUUACAGUUGGAAACAAAGAGGGUGAUACCAAUAUAGAAGUUAACAAUACAGGAUCACCCCUAAAUGGUUCCCAUGCAUCGGUACUUGUCAAUGGUUCUGCUGGUGAACCUAAAAGAACCGAUGUUGAUAUAGCCCGACCAGUUGUAGUCGACAAGACUCAUAAAACAACUGUUAAGGUUGAAGGUGGUGGUGGGAAAGGAAGUGACACUCCUGAUCACAGGGGGAUGACUAAUGAUGAAAAGGAUGAUGGCAACGGAAGGAGUGAGGAUCUUGACAAGAAGACGACGAGUGAAGCUGGCAACAGAAAGACAACUACAGCGGGAACCUCAAACGCCAGGACUGAAAGUCAGACUACAGUGAGAACUGCUACUCCACCAGCCACUGAAGGCCGUGAUGGGCUGAGCGGAAAAGAUUCCCAUAAGACACUAGGCACUGAAGGUGGUGAUGGGCUGAGUGGAAAAGAGAACAAUAAGACACUAGGCACUGAAGGUGGUGAUGGGCUGAGUGGAAAAGAGAACAAUAAGACACCAGCCAUUGAAGGCGGUGAUGGGCUGAGUGGAAAAGAGAACCAUAAGACACCAGCCAUUGAAGGCGGUGAUGGGCUGAGUGGAAAAGAGAACAAUAAGACACCAGCCAUUGAAGGUGGUGAUGGGCUGAGUGGAAAAGAGAACUAUGAGACACCAGCCAUUGAAGGCGGUGAUGGGCUGAGCGUAAAAGAUUCCCAUAAGACACUAGGCACUGAAGGUGGUGAUGGGCUGAGUGGAAAAGAGAACAAUAAGACACUAGGCACUGAAGGUGGUGAUGGGCUGAGUGGAAAAGAGAACAAUAAGACACCAGCCAUUGAAGGCGGUGAUGGGCUGAGUGGAAAAGAGAACCAUAAGACACCAGCCAUUGAAGGCGGUGAUGGGCUGAGUGGAAAAGAGAACCAUGACACGGAUAGCGAUUUUAGUGAGCCUGGUGAUGGGCGGGAGCAGCCUGUUGUCCAUAGUGAUACAGCUAAGUCACCGGAACAGAUAAAGAAACUAGAAAAGGAGUACGAGGCUCCUUCAUCUGGCAACUUCAUGGCUUACUUCCUGACCGCUGUGGUGCUGUGUAUUGCUGGAUACGUGGUUUUCCACAAUAAACAAAAGAUAAUUGCUUUCGUCAUCGAGGGUCGCAGUGGGCAAGGGAGGCGGCGGACCAAUGGCAGCGGAGAGUACAAGAAACUACAGAGCAAUGUGGAAGAGGUGAUGCCGUCACUCGACAAGUCCACGUCGGCUAAGAACUUCAUAUACUGAACUCUCAUUUCAUUAUUUGCAUUAUUGGAGUCCAAGAAACAAGAGAGGAUUAGACAGAUUCUUUUGGGAUUGUUUGAUUGCAAAAUUGUAGGACAUGUUUCAAGGAUUUUGUUUCUGAAACAUGUAAAAUCCUGGGCCUGGUUAGACAAAGUGAUCUUGGCGCUAUGACUACUGUAAGCCUAUGUUAAAGGAUGGGAGUUAUGAUCAUCUUAGCGCUAAGAUCGCUUUGUGGAACAGGGCCCUGUCCAAGCUCACCUUUUCUUUGUGAUUGCAUUACGUUAUUUUUUUUUUAAUUUGAAGUUCUUGUUUCAUAACAAGGAACACAACAUAAGAGUUGUGUUAAAUUUAAACAAGUUGUAGUUAGCACUGACAUCCUUUUCCUGUGUUUCUGUUAAAAGUUUAAAAUGUGAAAUGAAGGUGUUGAUCAUGUUCCCUGACAAUAGAUGUGGAUGGGGAGUUACGGAUGUAUUAACUGUACUCAAUGUUAGUCACAUUUUGUUUUCAAUCUCCUUGAUCAUUAGUUGGCCGCAUCACACUGCAAACGGUGACUAUGCGUGCCAGAUAAAGGCUACCAUGCUUGUCGUAAGAGGCGACUAAUGGGAUCGGGUGGUCAGGCUUGCUGACUUGGUUGAUGCAUGUCAUCGUAUCC